AUGAGACUGGAGGGGUUGUGUGGGGGGAAGAGACCCAUCUAAAAAAGAGAGGGACAGAGAGGGGAGAUAGAGGGAGGAACUCAAGCACACAGAGGGAGAGGGGAGGGAGCAAAGAGGGUUACCUCAUAGAGAGCUGCUAGUGUGCACACGGAGCAGGGAGAAGUUGUGGGAAAGUAAACAGCACAGGAGAAUCCAAUCUGUUUCAGCCCCUUGCAGCCCCCGCAGAACACCAGAGGGAUGAGUGUACUGGAGCCGGUAGUGUGGUAAAAACUGAGAGUUUAUGGGAGGUAACCAGGAUUAAAGGGCCACCAGGGAGACCUGAAGCUUCUCGGAGGACACACUACUGAAGGCAAGGAGGGAGCAUGUCGGCAGUGAUGCCUCAACAGCAACCGCCAAAGGAGGAGGAAGAGGACGAAGAUGAAGAGCAAGGGGAAGGGUUUUCAUUUGAGGAUAGUGGGGAUGAGGAGAAACCUCAGGGGGACAGUAAGGGCAUCCCCUCUGACUCUGUUGGAUCAGUCCAGUCAUCAAAAAAGGAGGACAGUGAAACAUCAGGAAGUUCAUCACUAACAGGCACAGACUGCACACAACUUCCUAUAACAUCGCCUCCUGCUGGACAGGAGGAGAUCCUCACCAAGGAUGUAGAUUCAAAUUCUACUGCAGAUGUUCCAGUCAAAGAGUCACCCAGCGGGGUCUCAGCAGCAGAGCCCUGUUCCUCGGCUCCUCUGGUGGGAGAGGAGCUCCCUGGGCUUCCUGCGGCGCCGCCAGCUGUGGAGACGACGACUGAUUCAGGAGACCAAGGCGAAGAAAUCCAGAAAAGCUCCAGUGAAGCUCUACUCGCGGCUGAAGCUGAGCCACAGACGGCGGAGGCUCCCGAGGUGAUCUAUGAUGAUGUUCCAAGUGAAGGCCCCCUCUCUCCUGAUGAAGAUAUGAUCUACGAAGAUGUUCAGAGAGACAGCCGUCCUCUGGAUAGAGACAACGGAUGGAGCUCCAGUGAGUUUGAAAGCUAUGAUGAGCAGUCUGAUAACGAGACCAAAUUACCAACACGAAGCAAGCUCUCUCCUGACGUGAGUCGGCUGAGGGAACGCUGUGCCAGGACCAAACGAGAGCUGGCCAUGAGACUCUCUGGCAAGCACAACUAUGACAUCAAGGUUCAGCAACUCAUGAAGGCGGCCAGAAGCGGAACAAAGGACGGGCUUGAAAAGACCAAGAUAGCCGUCAUGCGAAAAGUUAACUUCCUGCAGAGAAAGGAUCAACCGGAGGAGGAAGAUGAUGCAGGAUACCUGGAUGUGGCCGUGCCAGACGUUAAGCAUCCUCCCCCACAGCUGAGCCCAAUGCCCGAGGGGCUCACCAGCCACCAGGUUGUCAGACGCCAUAUCCUGAGCUCCAUCAUCCAGAGCGAGCGCAGCUACCUGGAGUCUCUCCGGAGGAUCGUGCAGGAAUACCAGAGACCGUUGAUGGAAGCCGACCCACGCAUCCUGAGCUCGAGAAAGAUCCGGCCUAUAUUUUUCAGAAUGAGGGAGAUCACACAGUGCCACUCCAUGUUUCAGAUUGCUCUGGCGUCACGUGUCGCCGAGUGGGACAGCUGUGAGAAAAUCGGGGACUUAUUUGUUGCCUCGUUUUCCAAGUCCAUGGUGCUUGAUGUAUACAGUGAUUACGUGAACAACUUCACCAACGCCAUGGCUCUCAUCAAAAAGGCCUGCUUGUCCAAACCGGCUUUUCUUGAAUUCUUAAAGAAGAAGCAGGCAUGCAGUGUUGACCGGAUCACUCUGUAUGGACUCAUGGUUAAACCCAUUCAACGCUUCCCUCAGUUCAUACUGCUACUGCAGGACAUGCUGAAGAACACUCCGAAGGGCCACGUGGACCGCCUGCCCCUGCAGCUCGCUCUCACAGAGCUGGAGAUGCUGGCGGAGAAGCUGAAUGAACAGAAACGAGUCGCCGACCAGAUUGCAGAGACUCAACAACUAGCCCGCAGCGUCAGUGAUCGCCUGCUCAGUAAGCAACUGAACUCUGAGCAGGGGUCACUGGUCCUUUGUGAGACGCUCAUCGAGACUGUGUACGGCGAGCGGGGACAAGUCCUGAAGUCGAAGGAGAGAAAGGUCUUCCUCUUUGAUGAUGUGCUCAUCUGCGCCAACAUAAAUGUCAAGGGGCCCCCAGAUAUCAGCAGCUUGGUCCCAGUGGGGCCCAAGUACACCAUGAAGUGGAGCGCCCCCCUGCAGCAGGUGCAGGUGGUGGAGGUGGGGCAGGAGGGCUCUCAAAGCAAAGACACCUUCUUCCAGCAGAGCGGGGCCAAGCGUCCAGGUGGAGCCUGCACUUCAGGUAAAGCAAUCCUUGGCCCUCCGCGGCUCUACCAGGAGCUGCAGGAGCUGCAGCAUGACCUCUCUGUGGUGGAGGAGGUCACCCUGCUGGUGGGCACGCUGCAGGGGACGUACCAGAACCUGAACACCACCGUGGCACAGGACUGGUGUCUGGCUCUACAGAGGCUUAUUCGCAUCAAAGAGGAACAGAUCCAGAGCGCUAACAAAUGUCGCUUACGCCUGCAGGUACCCGGCAGGCCAGACAAGUCAGGGCGUCCUGUCAGUUUCAUGGUGGUCCUCAAUACUCCAAACCCCCUUAGUAAGAUCUCCUGGGUCAACCGUCUGCACUUGGCCAAGAUUGCACAACUCUCAGCAGUGGUCAAUAUCCAUGAAGAAAAAUAA